GGAAGAGCGACCCAGUCUAACACAGCCGGCAAGAGUCUUGAGACUCGUCCGCUGACCACCGCCACCUGGCGAAUCCAACACGGAAUUACAGACAGUGCCUCCUCUUCCGAUUCUCCAAUGUUCACAGCUCGGCCGGAGCCUACCGUCUUCCCCUUCUAUUUCCACCGGAUUUUUAACACUCCUAACCACCCCAUAUCAGGACAAGACCGCGCUAAAGGGGGAAAAUGUCAAGUGACAGACAACGAUCAGAUGAUGAAAGUCCGAGUACCAGCAGCGGCAGCUCUGAUGCAGACCAGAGAGACCCUCCGGUACCCGAACCAGAGGAACAAGAGGAGAGAAAACAGCCUUCAGCGACUCAGCAGCAGAAGAAAAGUACCAAACUGUCCAGCAAAACGACAGCAAAAUUGUCCACCAGUGCUAAAAGAAUUCAGAAGGAGCUAGCUGAAAUUACUCUGGAUCCCCCACCUAACUGCAGUGCGGGGCCAAAAGGAGACAACAUAUACGAAUGGAGGUCCACCAUCCUGGGGCCCCCUGGCUCUGUGUACGAAGGAGGAGUCUUUUUCCUGGACAUCACCUUCUCUUCCGACUACCCCUUCAAACCACCAAAGGUCACUUUCCGCACACGGAUCUAUCACUGCAAUAUUAACAGCCAGGGCGUGAUCUGCCUGGACAUCCUGAAAGACAACUGGAGCCCCGCCCUCACAAUAUCCAAGGUCCUGCUGUCCAUCUGCUCCCUCCUGACAGACUGCAACCCAGCGGACCCCCUGGUGGGCAGCAUAGCUACUCAGUACCUGACCAACAGAGCAGAACACGACAGGAUAGCCCGACAGUGGACCAAGAGGUACGCCACAUAAACCGGAAGACGCCCACCCCGACCCCGCCCGUCGCAGUGUAAAGCUCACGGAGGCGACUUUACAACGUGCAACAAAUCUUUAUAGCCUUUACAAUACGGACUUCUGUGUAUAUGUUAUACUGGUUUUACUCUGCGCUUUUACCGCUCUGAAGAUCGGGAGGAGACAGCCCCGCCCGUCCCCACAGGUAAAGGCUACCGGAGUAGAAUUUUGUAGCUGUAGAUUUAGUUAUGUUUAAAUGCCUACUUGCAAGUCUUGCUUCUUUGGGAUAUAAAAUGUAUUUUGUGAUGUAAUAAGGAAACUGUUCCUAAAGUCAACCAAAUAUUAUGGUGCAUUUUAGCCUAAUCCAUUAUCUGUAUGAAUUUAAGGGAAAAAAAGAACCUAGCAGUAGAUUAUUAGGAAUUAUGUCAUUUAUAUGAAACUCAGAUCCAUUUCCAGUUAUGUGGUACAUGCUGUUGUGAACUCUGUUUUACCUUUGUCAAUUUGUAUUGAAAAGAUUUCAUUGAACCUUUUGUAGCCAAGCGAAGGUGAUCCACCACUGUAACACCCCCAAACACAAUAAACUCCUUCCCCACAGUCA